AUGGCGAAGUUAGAAGGACGUCUGGGGUCGUCGACCCUGGACGACAUGGUUAUGGGGACAAACAAUAGCAGCAUUGCCUCCAAACGCAGUGUUGAACGACUGUAUUAUGGAAAUGAGCCCUCUUUCUUCCGCUACUUUGUCCCAAAGUUCCAAAGGAGAGCCCCUCUCAUUAAUAGAGGAUACUGGCUUCGUCUUCGGGCGAUUGAUGUUAUUGUGCAGAGAUUUCUGGCUAAAGAGACGACCGGGAAAAAGGUCAUUAUCAACCUAGGUUGUGGGAGUGAUGUCUUGCCCUGGCAAUGUCAUGCUCGUUAUAGAGACCUGGGCAAUGAUGCCCUCUUCAUCGACAUUGACUACCCUGAUCUUAUUCGGAAGAAACGGGCUAUUAUUUUACAAACUCCGGAACUGCGAGAUCUUCUCGGAGAUGAUUUCACUGUAAGUGAUGAUAAAGACGGAGUGCUCCUGCGCAGUGAUAAGUAUUGCCAGCUUGGAUGUGAUCUUCGCCAACUCGACCGCCUACGCGAUGUCUUGAAGACGGUUGUUGAUCUACCUGAGUGUGCUAUUCUUUUUGUGGCCGAAGUUUCCAUUACUUAUAUGGACACUCUGUCAACCGAUUCUUUGAUCCAAUGGGCAAGCACUGUGGGCCGAGAAAACGAUUUCUGUCUUUUGGAGCAGAUACUACCUUUUGGAAAGAACCAUCCAUUUGCUCAACAGAUGCUCAGUCAUUUUGAGAAGCUGAGCACUCCUUUGCGCUCUAUUAAAGUGUAUCCUACAGUCAAGAGCCAGACCUGCCGAUUUCAAGAACGUGGAUGGUCUUUUGUGGAGAUAAAGGACUUAUGGCAGACAUGGUCGAGUGACCAGUUCGUUAGUGACUCAGAGCGAAUUGCCCUUGAUGAUGUCGAACCUUUCGACGAGUGGGAGGAGUUUAUACUCUUCGCACGGCAUUACUUUGUACUCCAUGCUUCUACUAGUCGCAAUCAGCCUUCUUCAUUGCAAGAUCUCGCCUCAACGUGGAGCAUAGACCCAAAGGCACCCACAGGGUUACAUGUUGAAGUAGUAGGCAAAUCUUCCCCGAAAACGACCAGGCGGCGAUUUGGAAAUGCCAUGAUAUCCAUCAAUGCAUUCGGACAACGAUUUGCUCUGAAUUUGCUAGGAAUGAGUCUCAACAGCAGAGAACCCACUUAUGAUAUCUUUUCUCUCGACGGCGAACCGCAGGCCCCUCAGCUGCCUUCUUCUGGCCCUCCUGCUCGGAUGUGCUUCACUUUGACAGACCUGGGAGGCUAUGGCAUCAUGUUAGUUGGCGGCCGCACAUCGCCCUCUUGUGCUUUGUCCGACUGUUGGCUCUUUGAAGGAGGUACCAGCCCACAGUGGCGGCAAAUGCCACGACUACCUACCCCCUUAUUUAGGCAUUCUGCGGUUCGACUGGGAAAUUCGUCACUUCUCCUGAUUUUCGGAGGGAAGAAAAGUUCAUCGAAACUGUCAGACGAAAUCUUUCUAUUUAACCCUGAUAAAGCUUGCUGGCAAAGUUGCCAGGUCGUAGGACCUGCUCCCGAUCCUUGGUUCGGAUCAAUUGCUUUCAAUGGAAUCUCUCCUUCAGACCAGCCGGGGACUUUCUGUGGAAUGCUGGCUGGAGGCAUAUCUCAAAAUGGCUGCAUCAAUACCAAGCAGUAUAAGUGGCAAAUAAAGGCCUUCGAUCUCCAACCAACAAUUUCAUUCUCUCCUCUCCCAGACACCUUUUCAGAUGGACAACUUCUCUCUUCUUUUGGCGCUCAAAUUGUUCAUCUAGGGGCCUCCAUAAUAAUAUGCGGUGGUUUGGGGGCAGACCCUCUCCUACACGCCCAAACUAUCACAGCUAUAAGGCCUUCUGUCGAUGGAAUAGAAGUCACAAACUUUUCAACUCCAAGCGAUGACCAGCGCAUGCCAUUCAUGAUUGGAUCGUCAAUUAUACCCUAUGACGAUUCUCUUUUGGUGAUGGGUGGGGGAGCGACUUGCUUCUCCAUGGGAACGUUUUGGGAGACGGCCAUUUAUAAAGUUCAUAUGCCCGAUCAUAUCUUGAAUUCUAUUUAUCGCACAUCACACCCUUGUGAUUCGUCGAAAUCCGCUCCUGACUUUAUUGGGAGUCGCAAGUUUUCGAAUGUUUCUGCUCCCACAGUUUUGGAUGAUGUGGGAAGCUUACAUCGAGGAGAGCAUGGGAUUCAACUUACGCCUGUGCCUCGAAUACAGCUUGAGUCGGCUGAGCAGUUCCAGAUGAUCCUUCGUGACGGGAAACCCGUCAUUUUCAAGAGCUGCAAUAUAGGGCUCUGCCAAAGCAAAUGGUCUCCUGAGUUCUUGGUAAGCCAGAUUGGUGCAAAUGAGAAGUUUGUUAUACACGAAUCCCACGAAGACAGAGGAACAAUGGAUUUCAAUAGCAAAAAUUUUGCGUACGUCACAGACUCGUUCGGAAGCAUCAUGGACAAAUUACAGUCCGGGGCUAGAGUUUACCUACGAGCUUUGUCGCGCAAUAAACCAUCCGAAAUGCCAGCCAAACUGGAAGAAGAUUUCCCACGUUUGGCAAAAGACUUUACGCUACCGCCAGAAAUGGCCUAUAUCAAGGACCGUCUUUUCAGUUCAGUCUUGAGAUUAUCUGGACGGGUGAAUAUGUGGUUACACUAUGAUGUUAUGGCAAACGUUUAUGCGCAGGUAACGGGGGUUAGAAAGAUGAUCUUAUUCCCACCCAGCGACGUAAAAUACUUGUCUUUCGCACCUGGUGCUUCCAGCUCUAGUAUAGACGUUUUCAAGGGGCUGGAGUCUUUAGCGGCCUCACUUCACGGAACGCAUCCUCAAGAGGCAAAGAUUUACCCAGGCGAUAUAUUAUUGCUACCCGCUCUAUGGCUUCAUACGGCUGCUCCAAUGUCCGACAUGAGCACUGCGGUAAAUGUCUUCUUCCGUGACCUAGAGCAGCAAGAGCAUUACGCGUCUGGACGAGACGUCUAUGGAAACAAAGACCUGGAGGCCUAUGAGAAAGGGAGGCAGGCUGUUGCUCGGAUUGCAAAAACUUUGCGGCCGUUGCCGACUGCUACGAGGGAAUUUUAUCUCUCUCGAAUCGUCGACGAACUGCGGCUGGCCACGGAGGAGUAG